GCUGGAGCAGCGGGAGGCGAUGCGUGUCAAUAUCGAAGCGGCUCGUCGUUGCGUUUCGUGCGUCGCGGGGCACGCGCCGCCCGUCGGUCUCUCCCGGUGAUUCGUCGUUUCAAGACGUCAGACGCCCGGUGCCCAAGACAAGAGAUACGUAAACACGCGUUUACGCACCUGUCUCUCACCUCGGAGCGGCCAAGUGAUUUUACGUAUCUUAUCUGCGCGAUAAAGAGGACAAUAGUGAAGUGAACCGUUUUCGAGAGGUCGUUCGAGUUAAUAAACAAGCGUCGGAGUCGUCGCCCUGGCGCAGAUAGGAAGGUGACACUUGAGACGCGACGUUCGACCGGCGACGGAAGCGGCCCGCGGUUUCGCUGCUCGAUGGCGACGCGAGUGCCGCUCGACGUGCCGCUUCCGGUGCGCCGUUCGCGUGGCGUCCAGCGGAAGGCGGCGAGGUAGUCGGCGCCGAAAGUGUCGCUCGCCCCCGAAUCGUUUCGCCGUCCCGAGAGCGCGAUGGAGGACGUGGACGGCGCGCACGCCGUCCGGACGCCGUGCGGCGUCUCCGGCGACAGCGGCAUCUACGACAGCGUCGACAGCGGCUACCUGUCCAUCGUGACGCCGCAGGCCAGCGGCUGCACCCCGGCCGCGAGGGUGCCCGGCUACCGGACGCGCUCGUCCACCGGCGCGCUGUUCUCCGCCAGGAAGCAGUGGUACCGCGCGGAGCCGUUCCCGUGCGAGAAGAUGCAGCGGCGUCGCUCCAAGCUCCAGCAUCGGCUCAACGCCUUGGAAUUCGACUUUCCCGCGUCCGAGAAGCAGCAGCAGCACUAUGGCGAGCAGGACUCGGGGCUGGAAGUGUCGCGCAUCAGCCUCGGCCUGGCGCACUCCACCCCGAGCUGCACCUACGACGAGCCCCCGGGCAAGACCCUCGCCAGCCGGGACAACUGGAGGGUCGCGGUGCCCGUCACCCCCGCGUCCGCGGACCUCGAGAUUCUCUCGCCGCCCCCGUCGCCGGUGGCCUCGCAGCCCGUCCGGGAGGAGGUGAAGCUAGUCUACACGCCGCGGGGUAAAUCGCGGCGGGUCACGACGCCGCCGAAGAUCCGGGUCUCGAUACCGGCGGACGCGGACAACAGCCCGACGGCCUUCACGUCGGUGGAGCGCCACAGGUUGCGCGAGCUCCGCAUCACCGAGCUCGCCACGUCCGAGAUCAAGCCGAAGAAGCUGGACUUCAGCCACCGCGGCCUGUGCGCGUCGCUGCGGAAAAACCGACGGCCCAGUCUGGACUACACCGGCAGGGGCAAGGUGGACUUCCUGUCUCUCCUCGGGGAGGAGAGCAACCACCUGAAUCUGGUGUCGAAAAUCCUGUCCCUCCUCUCGUCCCAGGACCUGUGCUCGGCCAGCAUGGUGUCGCGGGUGUGGCGGAGGAUCUGCAAGGCCGACCCGGCCGCCAACAGCCGCAGGAUGAGCUUCAUCAUGCGCAAGCACACCGUCAAGGAGAACCUGUGGCUGCUGACGACGAUAGCGAAGAAGGCGAAGCGCGAGGACGACAUACAGACGAGCCCGAAGAGCAGACGUUACGUGCGGAAGGGCCACCUUCUCGACGUGCAGAACCUGCUGCAAGUUCCGGCGCAGCCCAACAGCCCGCCUGUGUCGCCGAGCAAGAUCAAGUUUCACUCCUUCGUCAAGGCUAGUCGUACGCUUGCAAAUGGCGAGUACCUACUUCCGUGUCCGAGAUGCAGCUUUCCCUGUCACGUGGAUAGCGAGAAGAAUGUGGGUGCCUGCUCGAGGCAGGGCUGCUCCAUCGAGUUCUGCAUCUCGUGCUCGUCGAAGCCGCACGCGGGUCCGUGCAAGACGCCCCUACUGGCCACCCCGACGAAGCGCAACAAACGCCUGAUCGUCGGCUCCAGGCAGAGCAAACGGAAUCUGCGGCGACUGUAAACCGAUUCCCUCGGUCGACUCGCGUCCCGGUCGUUCGCGAGAUGAGAGGAACUAGUCUAACUGCGGAAUCGCGCCAAGUCUCAAUCGAAAGAGGGAACAAACGUGUAUUAUAGACAAAGUAUGUGUACUGUAGUCGAAAGCGAUUUUAUAGUCUAAUUUGAAAGAUAAAUGUUCUAACGAUUAAUCUUGCUGAUUAAUCGAUGGAGAACGUUAGAGCGGAGCCGACGCGACGUGCUCGUUGGGUAGUGAGAUGAAUUCGGUUGUACAGCGUACGCGACACAUCUUCAUAGCUCGAGAAAUGCCUCGAGGGUGCUUUCGUAUGGCAUAUUAGCCUACGAGGUGGCAUAAGUAUAUUUAACCGCCGUAAAUGCCGCUCGUGAAUGAUUUUUAAGCGUCGUAAAAUCCACAAACGCCCUAAUUCGCCCCGAUCCGUCGACACCACGGAGAGGAGGCUUGAUGCCGAAGUACGGCUUAAAUCUCCCGAACGACAUCGGCGGAUGCGCAACCGAAUCCCUCUCCGGUCCUCCCCCUCGUCGAUCUUGAGAAUAAGUUCCGCCCCGAGCGAUGCAACUGCACGGAGGACGAGAGAACGAGAGAGAUAGAAGGGGGCGAGAGAGCGAGAGGGUCAGGGGGAGCGUACCCUCGGCGGGGGCAUGGGGA